CUUCUUCUCAGCUCUAAAAGGAAAGAAAGAGAAAAAAACCACCAGCAACCACGCACUCUCAUCUCCUCUGUGACGCCAAACACAGGAGAAACAACAGAGCAGAAUCUGUAGACGAGAUUUGUAGCCGGAGAAAGCGAAAUGUCAGGUUACGUAGGAAUUCUCGUCUCCGAUCCAUGGCUCCAGAACCAGUUCACUCAAGUCGAGCUUCGCAGCCUCAAGUCUCACUUCAUGAGUAUGAGGAGGGAGAGCGGGAAGCUUACGGUGGGAGACUUGGCAUCGAGAAUGUCGAGAUUGAAAGUUGUAGGGGAGAAUCUCACCGAGCAGGAGAGAGCUUCCUUCAUCAGUGAUUUGUACCCGAACUUGAGCGAUGAGGUCGAUUUUGAGUUCUUUUUGAAGGUUUAUUUGAAACUUCAAGCACAUGCAAGUGCAAGAACAGGAACUGGCACAAAGAACUCAUCUGCAUUCCUCAAGGCAGCUACCACUACCUUGCUUCACACAAUCAGUGAAUCUGAAAAGGCAUCCUAUGUUGCACAUAUCAAUAACUAUCUAGCGGAAGAUGAGUUCUUAAAGAAAUACCUUCCUAUUGAUUCUUCUUCUAACGAUCUCUUUGAGAUUGUGAAGGAUGGAGUUCUUCUGUGUAAGCUGAUAAAUGUAGCUGUUCCUGGUACAAUUGAUGAACGAGCUAUUAACACAAAGAGAAUACUCAACCCAUGGGAAAGGAAUGAAAACCACACUCUGUGUCUCAACUCUGCUAAGGCCAUUGGAUGUACAGUAGUCAACAUAGGGACACAAGAUUUUGUUGAAGGAAGGAGACAUCUUGUGCUUGGAUUAAUUUCUCAAAUUAUUAAGAUACAACUGCUGGCAGACCUGAACUUGAAAAAAACACCACAGUUAGUUGAGUUGGUUGAUGAUAGCAGGGAUGUGGAAGAGUUGAUGAGUUUACCGCCAGAGAAGAUCUUGCUUAGGUGGAUGAAUUUUCAGUUGAAGAAAGCUAGUUAUCAGAAAACAGUUACAAACUUCUCUUCUGACGUAAAGGAUGGAGAGGCUUAUGCCCACCUUUUAAAUGUUCUUGCACCUGAGCACAGUAACCCAUCUACAUUAGCUGUCAAAGAUCCAUUAGAAAGAGCAAAGUUAGUUCUUGAACAUGCAGACAAGAUGGGUUGCAAAAGAUACUUAACUGCAAAGGAUAUUGUUGAAGGUUCACCGAAUCUUAACCUUGCGUUUGUUGCACAUAUUUUCCAGCAUAGGAAUGGCCUUUCUACCCAAACAAAACAGAUAUCGUUUCUUGAAACUUCACCAGAUGACACUCAAAUUUCUAGAGAAGAAAGGGCAUUUCGCCUCUGGAUCAAUAGCCUUGGAAAUUCAACAUAUAUUGACAAUGUCUUUGAAGAUCUCAGAAAUGGGUGGGUACUACUGGAGACCCUUGACAAGGUGUCCCCUGGGAUAGUUAAUUGGAAAAUUGCGAACAAGCCUCCAAUUAAGUUGCCAUUCAGAAAAGUAGAGAAUUGUAACCAAGUAGUAAAAAUAGGGAAGCAAUUGAAGUUUUCGCUUGUCAACAUUGCUGGAAAUGAUAUUGUUCAAGGAAAUAAAAAGCUGAUACUCGCUUAUUUGUGGCAAUUGAUGAGAUGCAACAUCCUCCAACUUCUGAAGAACUUGAGAUUCCAUGCUCAUGGAAAAGAAAUCACUGAUGCUGAUAUUUUAGAAUGGGCCAACACAAAAGUAAGAAAUUCAGGGAACCAGAGUCGUAUGGGUAGUUUUAAGGAUAAGAGCUUGUCAGAUGGCAUAUUUUUCCUUGAGCUGCUUAGUGCUGUCCAACCUAGAGCUGUAAACUGGAGUCUGGUUACCAAAGGAGUAUCUGAGGAGGAGAAAAAGAUGAACGCUACCUACAUUAUCAGUAUUGCAAGGAAGCUUGGGUGCUCUAUAUUUUUGCUUCCUGAGGACAUAACUGAGGUGAAUCAGAAGAUGAUCCUUACCUUGACUGCAAGUAUCAUGUAUUGGUUCUUGAAACAUCCCGUUGAAGAAAAACCAUCUACAACUUCAGAUAGUGAAAGUGGUAGCCAAGUGGACACUAUCUCAAAUCUAACUACUGAUGACUCAGCAUCCGAGUCAUCAAUAGAGGAGAAUGGCAAUAUAUAAAAAAUUAUAAAUAGGUGUCUCUUUUAUUUCAUACACCUUCCUUCGUUUUUUUUCUUUUUCUUUCCAGUUAAAUUUGAUUGCAAAAAUUGUUGUAUGAUGCUACAAUGGCAGAUGCUAAAACAAAUUUUGCCAGCCAAAUGCAUUUGUGAAUAGUAUUUUGAUCUUUGUAUUGUGUCUAUAAUGAAUAUCAUGAUUCUUC